GAAGUGCUACGUUCAAUAAUCUCCAGCUUCACACUGUUUGUUUAUAAUUUGAGUCUUCGGUUUCUCCUGUAAAGUCUAUGGGUCAGUCCAUCAGAACCGGCAGAAUCUCUGUAACCGAAAGAAACCGACUGGAUGGAAUUUUUUAUGUUUAUAUUCUGUGUCUGUUUUACUCCUGAUUUAUCUGUUAUUAGCUCAGUGAUGCUAAAGUUAGCUUAGCUCACUGACUGCUAACAGACCUGUCAGUGUGUGACGGAGACAAACUGUGUUUCCGACGGAGUUUUUGCGGAGAAAAAGUGAAAAAUGACCAAAAAAGUCCAGAUUCUGAGAUCGCUGGUGGAGCAGAGACUAAUUGCGGCUGCUGAAGAGAUAUUUGGGCUGAUUGAAAGAACCAUAGCAGAGUACGAGGAGGAACUUUGUCGAACUAAAGAAGAAAAUCAGAGACAAAAACAAAUACUGGACACAGUUUUAUUACAUACACCUGUGGGUGCCACAGACACCCAUCAACAGUCUGUAGUUAAAGAAGAGCUUCCCCCUGAGCAGAAGGAGUGGAGCCUCAGUGUGAACCAGAACCAGAACCAGGAGGACCCAGAGAACCACCACAUUAAAGAGGAACAGGAAGAACUGUGGACCAAUCAGGAGGCUGAUAUCACCAAGUUCCCGUCCACUUCUGUCCUUGUGAAGAGUGAAGAUGAAGAGGAAGCUCAGUCCUCACAGUUUCAUCAAAGACAAACUGAGAAGAACCGAGAAGAAACUGAUGGACAGGACUGUGGAGGAUCAGAACCAGCCAGGAGCUUGGAUCCACAUAGACAUUUACAGUCUGUUAGUGAUGAUAAUUCUUCAGAUUCAAGUGAAACUGAGGACAGUGAUUGUGAUUGGACAGAAACACACAGAAGUCAGUCAGGUUCAGAAAGUGUUAAAACAAUUAAACUUGUAAAGACUGAUAAUGGACUGUCGACAAAGGAGCGUCCAUUUCCUUGCUCAUGUUGUGGUAAAAGAUUCAGCCAGAAGGGAAACCUGAGCAGACACAUGAGGUACCACACAGGAGAGAAGCCUUUUACCUGCUCAGUUUGCACUAAAAGCUUCCAUGUCAAAGAACACCUGAACAGACACAUGAGGGUUCACACAGGGGAGAAACCAUUCACCUGUAACAUCUGUGGGAAGUGCAGCGCUGCAAAAGGAGAUCUGACCAAACACAUGAGAGUUCAUACCAGAGAAAAGCCAUAUAUUUGCUCUGUGUGUGGAAAGAGUUUUGCUGAAACUGGACAUCUGAAGAGACACAUGAAGCUGCACACAACUGACUAGAGUCCCUUUCAGACCAAAGGCAGACAAUUAGGGCUUUCUCACUAGCAGGGAUUCAUGUCAUUUCCAAUUCUAGAACCUAAUGUUGAACUGACCGACCCAUUCACACCAGAAAAAAUUGGUUUGGAACCUGAAAAGUUGAUUCUUAUAAUUGAAACAGAAAAUAUUGAUUCUUCCUCAUGAACUGUGACAUCAUCGUUGUUACUGAUAUAACUGAACUCUUUAACUGAUAGAAAUACAUGAAGUGAUAAUGGAGAAUAGAAAGUCUGCAGUAAAAACAUCCACAGAAUGAUCUUUGGUUUGGAUGUAGUACCUACUUCUGUCACAAGGUGGAGGAUCAGAACUAACUGACAAGUUUUCUCCUGGUUGUUGUCAGAGGACAUUCAAGUUGUAUCAAGUUGAAGUUUUCCCUCAUGUUCUUACUGCUAUAAAUAUCAUGUCAGAUCAGUACAGCUCUGUGAUUCAUUUUGACCUUAUAUCCAAAGAAUAAAAUGGGAUUUCACGGUG